AAGGAUUAUUAUUGAAUGGACAAUCAGGUAACACAAGAUCCAUGGCAGAAUCAGGGCUGGCAAGAUCCAUGGCAACAGAAUAAAAAUGCCUGGAAUCCUUGGCAACAGAAUAGUAAUGCUUGGAAUCCUUGGCAACAAAAUAAUAAUGCCUGGAAUCCUUGGCAAAGCACACAGAAGAGCGUAAUCAAGAGUGAUUGGAAUCCAUGGCAACAACCGACUCAAAUUCAUCAUCAUGAGCCUGAAGUUCAUCAUGUAAUCCAGGUGCCGCAGCCACACCCAAUCCCGGCGAUUCACCCCAAGCCUCUGCAUUUGAAGGUUCACAGUGAAUCUGUGAAGCUCCACUACGAUCACCCUAAGAUCCCCCACCCACAUCUUAUCGGCUACGAAGUGUACCAUGAGCCCAAAGCUGAGAUCAAGCCUGCUCACGGAUCCUCCUGGUAAAUCAUAUCACCCGUAAUGACGCAAAAAUUCAACCACCCCAUCCAUCAACCAAGCAGCCCUGGAGGAUCAACGAAUCAUCCACCAACCAACUUCUAAGGAAUAGCAUCUCCAGAAAUCAACUUAAGCCGACAUAUAGUUAUCACUAACUCGAAUCACUUGAUUCUCCAUGGCUAUUGAAAUUCUACCAAGAAACAUAAAUGAAAAUUCAAAAUAAAAAC